CUCAAAACUUUGUCCCUAUCUAGCAAACAAAAACCCAAAAUUCAGGCCAAUUCUUUAUAGUAAGCAAGAAAGCAGAUAGAGAAAUCAAAAUCAGUCAUGGAGAUUGAGUGUUUUCUGGUAUGCAAAACAGCAGCUUCUCUUCUUCUGCGCCAAUCACUGCUUUCCAUUUCCAAUUCAACUAAAAGAAAAACCAAAAAGAACAGCUUCAAAAUCACAGCUGCUAACAAAACCAACUUCCACCAACAAGACAAGGAUGACGACGACCCUUUCUUACAGUUCUCCAUAUCUCGCGCUUCCUAUCGAUUCCAUGAAACCCUUCGCCCAGAACCUCUUUUCGUCGAUCAUUAUGCUGGCUGCUUUGCGCCUUUUGACCUCGAGAUGGAUAAGAAUACGGAGCCAAAGAUGCACCAAUACUGCAUUGCCACUAAAUUUAUAGAUGAUCAGUUACUUAGCUUAACUAAAGGGGAUGAUGGAGCUAAACAGGUUGUUUUAUUUACGGAUGGAAUGGAUACUAGGCCUUAUCGGCUCAAAUGGCCUUCUUCAACCGUAAUCUAUGAUGUAUCACCACAAUCCGUAUUCAAGAUUGCAUCUCAGAAGCUUAAAGAUGUUGGUGCUAAGAUUCCAAGAAGCUGUUUGCUACUUCACGUUCCUUUGGAGUCAUCUGAUUUGGAACAAAUUCUACGUGAUAAAGGAUUUAGUGGUAGCAGGCCAAGUAUAUGGGUUUUCCAGGGGUUUCCGGUGUUAAAUUUGGCUAGUUUUAAGGAGAUUCUGUUUAUAGCUAGUAACCUGGCCAUGAAAGGAUGUGUAUUCUCAGGCGAAUUACCAUUGUGGUUGACUGAAACUGAAGUUGGGAUCAAGCCCUCUGUGGAGAAGUGGAUAGAUGAACUUUUUAUGAGCUAUGGAUUUAGAGUGCGAAUAUUAGAGUAUGAUGGUGUUGCAAGAAGCCUUUGUCAAGAGAAAGUGCUAGGUCCCUCAGAUAGCUUGCUUUUUGUUGCCAAACACCUUCGAUUUUCAGAUGAUGAGAUGGAGAUUUGGAGAAGAGAAUUUAGAAGGGUAGAGGAAGGCGGCGAUGAAGAAGGGUUUGAGGAGCUCUAAAUAAUUUAAAGAUCGAGUUCAUGGAAGUCACUGUAAACGACCCACAUGCAUCAAGUGCUUUUAUUUUGUAACAUCGGGAAGUAUUUUGACAUUUGAAUUGUUAGGAAUGAUCCUUGUCACCUUUGUACACAUUAAUCUCAUGUAUUGUGUUCAUAGCCUCCAAAA